AUGCGCCCCGCGCCGCUGCUCGGGCUCCUGCUCUGGGCGCCGCUGCUCUGGGCGCCGCCGGUGCGCGUCACCCGCCACGGCGUCCACUGGAACGGCAGCAACCCCAGGUUCCUGCGGGACGACUACUCCAUCCAGGUGGCCAUCAAUGACUACCUGGACAUCUACUGCCCGCACUACGAGGGGGCCGUGCCCGCCGGCCGGGCAGAGACCUUCACGCUCUUCAUGGUGGACCGGGAGGGUUAUCGCGGCUGCUACGAGACCCCCGGUGCCUUCAAGCGCUGGGAGUGCAACCGGCCCCGGGCGCCCUUCGGGCCCGUCCGCUUCUCCGAGAAGAUCCAGCGCUUCACCCCCUUCUCGCUCGGCUUCGAGUUCCAGCCGGGGGAGACCUACUACUACAUCUCCGUCCCCAGCCCCGAGAGCGCCGGGCGCUGCCUGAAGCUGCGCGUCACCGUCUGCUGCCGAGGCACCACACCGGAGCCGGUGACAGAGGUGCCCAAUUCGCAGCCCCACGGGCGUGGGGGGCCCGAGGGUGAGUACGGGGUGGCCAGGGAGUAUCAGGGGGCCUGGGGACUGUUCCUCACCGCCAACCCCCUCGAGCCCGUGGGGCAGCCCCAGGCCACGACCCACCUGCCGGACCUCCACAAAGCCGAGCCGGGGCCGGGAGCUCCGGGCUGGAAGGGCUGUCGCUUGCCACCGGCAUCGCCGCACGCCGGGAUUGCCACGGGUCAGCACCGCCGCACACCGGGAUCGCCGCACACCGGCAUCGCCCCCACGGCAUCACCCCGGCACUGGGCUCCCCUCAGCAAAUGCCUCCUCUGCCCCACGGCCGCCACCUCAUCUCGUGCCUUCCCCCGUGGACCCCCCGCCCCAGGGGGCCCAGGGACCCCCCAGGCCCUGGAGCGGGGCAGCAGCUCCGAUGGCAGCGUCGGCCACUGCCGUGUCCUCCUCCUCCUCUGGUGA